AUGUCAUCAUCAUGGAUGCAACCCGGCAAGACGAGCGCCAUUCCACCUCACAUCGAGCUUCCCAACUCGCUCAAGGAGACGAUCGGAAGUAGCGGCGGCAAGCUCCUUGCAAGUGAGCGAGCAAAGGCCAGCUUCUCCUCGAACGAUCUGUCUGUCUACCUGUAUGGUCAGGCACACAUCGAUCGACUCAACCGGAUCCUGGCAGUCAUUGAGAGCGAGGAGGCAUUCGACAAGACGAGGAUCCCUUACAUGUCACGAGGUGAGAAAUUCAGGCAUGCUUUGCGAAAGGAGAAGCGCCUCGUUCAGAUCGUCAAGGAUCUCAACUGGAGCAAGGAGGACGAAGACAUGGCAGAGGUCCUGAUCGACAUGCCAGGCCCAUAUGGACUCCACAAGUCAAUGUUCAUCAAGACCUUGACUGAGCAAGGCACCGAUGAGCAGCACGAGCUCUUCCUCAAGCCUGCACUCGACUAUAAAAUCCUUGGUUGCUAUGCCCAGACAGAGAUGCGACAUGGCUCCAAUGUCGCCGGUCUAGAGACGACCGCCACCUUUGACAAUGAGACAAAGGAAUUCAUCAUCAACACGCCUUCUCUCGCGUCAGCAAAGUAUUGGAUCGGCAGUUUGGGACGCACAGCAGAUCACGCAGUCGUCAUGGCUCAACUUUAUUCCAAUGGCGAGCAUCGCGGCAUCCAUCCCUUUGUCGUGCCCAUUCGCGACAUGAAGACCCGUCAGCCGUUCGAAGGAGUCACGAUUGGUGACAUUGGCCCCAAAGCUGGCUACAAUUCCAUGGACAACGGCUUCAUGAUCUUCCAGAAUCACCGGGUUCCAUUCGUCAGCCUUUUGUCCAAGUUCUCUGCCGUCAAUGGCGACACGGGCGAUUACAAGAAGCCAGCCAACUCCCGACUGGCAUAUCAGACAAUGGUCUACAUCCGUGUCGGCAUUGUCAAACAAGCUUACCAGGCACUCACUCGAGCAGCGACCAUCUCUGUCCGCUACUGCAGUAUCAGAAGGCAAUUCGUCGAUCGAGAUGCGAGUGGCUCUGACGAGUUCACACGCAAGCCAUCCGAGAACCAAGUCUUGGACUAUCGCACAGUCCAGUAUCGACUGUUCCCCGUCAUCGCCACCGCUUUUGCCUUUCACUACACGGCAGAAGCAAUGCUCCGUCUUUAUGAAGACAACCAGGCUCGUAUGAAGCAAGGCGACUUCUCCUUGCUAGCAGACACCCAUGCUGCUUCGUCUGGACUCAAGUCGAUCUGCACACUCACAGCGGGUAACGCUAUCGAGGAAUGCCGUCGCGCAUGCGGUGGUCACGGCUUCUCCCUAGCAGGCGGUCUUGCAUCUCAAUAUGCCGACUAUCUGCCACAGCUCACCUGGGAAGGUGACAGCUGGCUCCUACCUCAGCAGACCGCUCGCUAUCUAUUCAAAACGUUCAGACAAAUCUGGGAAGAUCGUGAUGUCGAGAUGCCCCCGACCAACGAGGCAGCAAUUUACAUCAAACAUUAUCUAUCUCAUGUCGACGCAAAGGCGCCCAUUCGUUUCUCGGGCGAUUUCCGUAACCUCCAAAUGUGGAUCAGCGCGUUCGGCCAUCGUGCGGCGUAUCAGAUCGGUAUCACUGUCCGCAAGCGUGAUGUCGAGCGACGCUCCUGGAAUGCCAUCUUAGUCGAUAUCAAUCGGUGCUCAGUGGCACAUUCGCAAUAUCUGCUUGUGAAGAACUUUGCCGAUGCCAUUGCGCACGACGAAAAGCUCCAGUCGAACCCCGCCUUGCAUGCGAUCAUGACGACGUGCUUCGAGCUCUAUGCUUGCUAUACAAUGGAAACUUAUGCCGCCGACUUCAUGAGCUCGGGCUAUAUCAACCCCGAGCAGCUCAACCUUCUGCGGAAUGAAGUUGAUCUGCUCCUGGGCGCGAUCCGCCCUCAAGCAGUCCCACUUGUUGAUAGCUUCAACGUACCAGAUUACCUGCUUGCAUCUGCACUUGGCAGAAGCGACGGAGAAGUCUACCCUUCGCUCUUUGCAUUCGCGCUUCAAGAGCCCCUCAAUUCUGUCACAACCAAUCCAGAUUAUACUUCGCCUGAGCUCGUCUUUGGCGAGCCUCCUCUGGCGAAGCUAUAAAGUCCACGCACAAGGACAUGUUGUCAAGACAAAGCGCAUGAUUGCACGCAAAAUGUACAACACAAAAUGACACAAGUGGCGUGUAUCUAGAAAGUCAAUUAUUUCAUAUCUUCCAUCGGUUGAUUUCUCCAUCUGCUCCUGCCGCUCGUAACAGUGCGUCCAAAGAGCCAUGAUCGCGAGUGGUGCGCAUUCUAUGAGAGUAUAUGCACUCGAUCCCUUGAUCACCCGUCUGAAGGACGAGCUCGCCUCCAAGUGCAGACAUAGGACCAGGAUUGAGCGUCUUGAGUUUGAGGCCUUGCGUGGUCGACCGGAUAAGAUUCUCGCCCAUACCGAACGGUAUAUAGUCGCCCUUGUCGGCGCUAGAGCCUGGAUCCAAGGAUUUCUUGAAGCCGAGCAACUUGUGCAGCUUCAUCGACGAGUCAGUGUAGAGGUCAUACGGACAUCCAGCCAAUUCUGAUUGAGGCUCGAUCAGCGUCAC